AUGAUUGGAUGGCUUAUAUCCAUUGCCUUAUUUGCACUCUUCAAUUUCUGCUACGCUCAAUAUCGUCGAACUAUAAACCCAAUCGAAUUGCGAACGACCAAAGGAGAAUUUUUCAUUCAUACACUUCAUUCCGGCAACUUUUUCCCACAAACAGUCGAUGUUAAAUGGUCCGCCUCGUUGCAAGGCCGCCCUGCUUUGCCAUUGUGGUUGCACUUGAUGCCCUCUAGGCACAGAGCCCUUGGAUACUUAUAUGGUACUGUGGUGUCGCCUUUUAAUCAAGUUGUUAUACAUGUUAUUGCUCGACGGUUAGAUAAUUACGAUAAAGCGGAACAGUAUAUAACAAUAUUUUUGAAUGAUAAUGAAAAAUACAGUAACGCAACGCAGCAAUUUGCCGAAAUUUAUAUAAAAAAUUACAAUCCUGAAGAUCUUUUAACUGAUCGCACUCGAACUAUUGAUCGACUGAGAAAAUCAAUGAAAGAAUCAUUUAGAGGGAAAGGACUAAAUCCCUAUAUAUUCCAAAUUUUAGCCGCUGGAAAUUCACCACCUCAAAAUGCCCAACUCGAUCUACACCACAAAGUUGGAAGCAUAGUUCGAAUUGGUACGCAGAAUCGUUUUCAUGUGAAUGUACUGAAUUUGGAACGUGGAUUGCAAAGGAAUCCGCAGUACUGCAGCAGGGAUCAGCUCGUACCACUGAACAAAUUUUUUGCUCCAGUUUUUCAAAUUGAUUGGUGCAAUUUCUAUGUGAAAAAUGUAACAGCACCAACUAUUCACAGUAAUGAUGCAGAGCUCCAGCAAAGGUCGAUGAAAGUAAUCAGACCGGACACAGAAACGGUGCAUACUUCCUACCAGCAACACCAACCAUCUAUGUCGUCCAUAUUGAAAGUGGAAACUCCUGUAUUACACACCAGAUACUAUUUUUGGGAAUCAUUUUUGAUGUUUCCGAUGUUGGGUGUAUGUUGCAUCCUCUUACUUAUUCUGCUAAGUCUUAUUUUCUUUGGCCGUCGCGAAGGUCAACACUGGAGGGAUUACAAAACGCCAAAACGACAGUUGGAGGAAUAUGUUAGUGUACGCGAGAGUCAACGCCAUUUGCGUGAACUUUCUAUGCAACGACAAAUGCUUCUAAUGGCUUCAGACAGGGCACAGUCGCACACUCCACUUGGAAUUCAUACAUUCCUGCAGCCGAAAUCUCCAAGUCGGAAUCCAUCUUCAGAAAAUCUCCGACCUAAUCCAUCCAGUCGUGGUUCUCGGUCACCCCUAUUAAAAGAAUCGAGAGGUGUAAGUCCAGAUAAAACCUCUGGUGAUCAUGUCAUUCUGAUGAGCAAGCAAACAGUUGCAGAAGCAGCGAAAGCAUGUGGCUCAUCACUGCAUUUGUAUAGGAACCCUUUUGAAAACGAUCCAAAUGAUAACAGCGCGGAGGAACAGUCCACUGAUGGCGGUGAUCUAAACAAUACGAAACUCGUGAAAUGA